CCGGUCUGUCUCCGCUAGUGGACGCUGGAGCGGCGAGUGGAGGAGCGGAGCUGACCGCGGUUUGUUUUGAGGCUGAAAUGUUAAAUGAGCUCAAAGCUGCGGCCCAGAAUGAGCUCCACCUGGACCUCCGAGAGAGAGGAGGAGUUCGUGGCCAUGAUGGAGGCCAAGCCGGAGCUGUUCGACAACACGGAGAUGAAUUUUAGCAAUAAAACCGUCAAGAUGAAUGCGUGGCUGGAGAUGGCCGAGCACUUCCGGCUCAGCGAGAAGGAGCUGAGGAAGAAGUGGGACUCUCUGAGGACGCAGUACAGCAGAUACACUAAGAUGUACGCAGCUGGAGGAGUGGAUGGUCGUCUGUGUACAGCCAGGCAGAAGUGGAUAUUACAACGCCUUAAAUUCCUCGACCCGCACAUAAAGAGGAGAUCAUCAUACUGCAACGAUCUGGACUAUGAGGUGACUGUGGUCGAGAACAGCUGUGACGAGCUGAGUCCGGCACAGGUGGACGUUGAGCUUGAUUCGGACAGUCUGAGUGGAGCUCAGCUGCAUCAGGCUGCGAACUCUGAUGGAGAGAUAAAUGCGGACACGUUUAAAACUCAGAUGUCUAAAAGACUGUUUCAGGAUGAUGAACGGGUCAGUAUGAACUCACCUCAUUCACAAGGGGGCAGCAAACGACACUGCGGCGGCCGUGAGAACAUGAGUAUUUUGAGUGUUCCACCUGUACUCACGACCCGGGAGUGUGAGAAUGAUGAUGAGGAGCUGGAUUCCUCCAGUCUGAGGAGAAUGGUAUGCAGCACAGUGGAGGAGCAGAAGAGGGACGACUGCUGGGACAUGUUCGGCCGCUACGUGGUGUCCUGCCUCCGGAGCCUUGAGUCGCCCAGGAGCCGAAUCAAAGCCCAGAACGAACUGUGUGCCGUCCUACAGAAACACAUAGAGAGGGAGGAGGAGGAGGGGGAUGAACCUUCUGAGAAGAAGGAGAAGCAGAUGAACUCAUGCUCGGGCUGCUCAGGCAGCAGUGGCGUUAAAGCCAGCACAAACUCUAACACUAACCCUCACACACACUGCGAGCCCAGAGCUCCGGCAGACGAGGAUGACCAGGAACCCUUCCUAAAGUCCAUGUCCAUCAUCAUGAAGCGGCUGCCGCAGAGCGUCAGGGCAGAAGUGAAGUUCAGAAUCCACGAGCUGGUGCACAGAGCUGAGAUGAAGCACCUUUACGAACAGACAGACUCUCAGAACACAACAACACCCGGUCAGGAGUCCGGCUGGGAAAACGGACUCAAUUACAAUCUCAUUUAACACUUUUUUUUCCGGUUAGGCUGUUUUUGUACAUAUUUUUUAAAUAAAUAAUAUAUAUAUUUAAUAUAAA